CCCCGGCAGCCAUCCGCGUGUGCGAUGCUUUUGCACGCCUGCUGCUGUGUGUCUUUGCAGAUUUAUAAACAAUGCAUCUAGGCCGACUCAUCUGCAAAACGCACACAGGGAAAUCCCGAUGAUUUUUACAGCUGCUAAAAUGCGUUACCGCUCCUGAACGUAACAUCAGUUUACAUUUGGCUUAAAGGAGACGCAACAAAGCGCACAAAAUGGUUGUGCUGCAGGCCCGGGCGAAUAAGUAGGUUUACUAUAGCUUUAAGAACGCGAAAUAGUGUCUGCUUCUUUAAAAUUAUAUCGGUUUAUUGCAGAAUAGAUAAUUAAGAAAAGUUUUAAAUUUCUAAUUAGUAAAUAAAUGCAUUUAAUUUGCGACGAAUCCAACGCAUUCACAGAAAAUGCCCCACUGUUGGAUAAAGGCCGCUUGCAAUCAAAACGUCUUUAAACCAGAUGUCCGUUUUUCCUCAAAUUGCUAAACCUACUUGAAUUUAAGCUGAAUUUGAAGUAGGCUGAAGUGUCCUCACGGUGAUGGAACCGGCGGGCGACCGAACCGGGGGUGUAAAUAAAGGUGAAGAGCCAUCGGAGGACAAGGCCGCAGAAGAAACCCCAGCCACCAGUACAACCGUUACCCCGCGGAGGGGUCUCAGAGAGCGGGGAGCGUGCCGCCCGAAGACCAGCGUCUCUGCUUCAAUACCAGACGUUAACGGAGCAGCGUCGAGCCCGCAGAGCUCAGGACGAGUUUUAAGAGACAGGUCGACGAGGGCAGUACCGGCCUGGCUGAAGGACACCAAAAGCGACGACGACGAAGAAGACGAACCGAGCCCGGACACCGGUGCAACAAAGCGGAGGAAAGUUUCCAACUCGAGGCGGAAGAAAAUUUCUGAAUCUGUGGGUUCGGUUGAGGCUGGAGGGGGGGUCGCAGGUGAAAGCCUUCAAGGCACAGACUCAGAGGACCCCAAGAAACCUGCCACAGAUGCUCAAGCUCUACCCUCCAGACGCCCCCCAGAUCAGACUCGUGCCAAGCCCCUGUCUGGCAGGGCUGUCCGCGGCUCUGCCAAGCCUGUGUGUAAGACUGAACCUGGAAUAGAGAAUCCAGCUGCAGUGGAAGGAGAGGUAAAAAAUGAUAUUAAAAAGAAAGAGGAGGAAAGGGAGGAUGUUGCUGAACCACUCUUCGAUGAUGAAGACCCUCCAUUUCGGGAUGACCCAAACGAUCUCAGCUACCAGCCACAGAGUCAGAGUGGUGCAGAGGAAGAAGAGGGUCUGAGCAGUGAUGAAGACCUUCCUUUUACAGAUGACCUAAAUGACCAGAGCUACGACCCAAAGGCUGAACGGGAUGCCCCUAAACCUAAGCGCAGAGCUCCUCCUAAACAGAAGGAGAAGAAAGAGAAAGAAAAGGCACCUAAAAAAGAGAAAGAGGUUGCUGAUAUAAAGAUAGAAGGUUUGGACAACUUGGAGAGUUUGGAAGAAGAAGUAAAGCUUGAAGAAGAAAUGGUGGAGGACCCGGAUGGACCCAGGAAGAGAGGCCGGCGGAAAAAAGACGAUAAAACCCCACGGCUGCCAAAGAGAAGGAAGAAGCCCCCAGUGCAGUAUGUGCGCUGUGAAAUGGAGGGAUGCGGGACAGUCCUGGCUCAUCCUCGCUACCUACAGCACCAUAUAAAGUACCAACACUUGCUCAAGAAGAAAUACGUGUGUCCUCACCCUUCUUGUGGAAGGCUUUUCCGACUACAGAAGCAGCUGCUGCGUCACGCAAAACACCACACAGACCAGAGGGACUACAUCUGUGAGUUCUGUGCUCGUGCCUUCAAGAGCUCCCACAACCUGGCUGUGCACCGCAUGAUUCACACUGGAGAGAAGCCCUUGCAGUGUGAAAUCUGUGGCUUCACAUGUCGUCAGAAGGCGUCGCUCAACUGGCACAUGAAGAAGCAUGACGCUGAUGCCACUUAUCAGUUCGCCUGCUCCAUUUGUGGCAAGAAGUUUGAGAAGAAGGACUGUGUGGUGGCCCAUAAGGCUAAGAGUCACCCCGAGGUGCUCAUCGCUGAGGCUCUGGCAGCCAACGCUGGUGCCCUCAUCACAACCCCUGCCUCCCUGCUGGAGCUUCCAGGAAACCCCAUGCAAGCAGAGGUCACUAGCCUGGACAUGAGCCAAAUAGGGCAGGGUGGGCAGAUGGACCAGCUGAGCAAUGAAGGGCAAGUGGCUCAGGUGUCCCAGAUGGGUCAUGUGACCCAACAAGUGAGUCACCAGGUGGUUUUACUGGGACAAGACCAGAGCCUCCAUACCAUGCAAGUACCAGUGACAAUUGCCCUGUCCCCCAUCGACCCCCCUUCGCCAGCUGACAACCAGCAGCAGACUCACCUCCAGCUCCAGAUGCCCGUCCAGUUUGUGCAGGCUGCUCAGCAGCCACAGCAGCCCCAAAUCCAACAACUGACCCUCCACUCCAGCUCAGUGCUGACCCAGCAUCAACCCCAGCUUCACCCUCUUCAGUCAUACUCCUCCCAACAGCAGAGCCAGGGGCAGACACAAAUUCUUCAAAUGACCUUCCAGCCGGUCAGCCAGUCUCAGACCCACAUUCAGCAGAUCCCCAUUCUAGCCAGCUCUCAGCAGCGCUCUCCUCUCUUGUCCCCAUCCCAGCCCCAGUCCCUGAACCCAGCCUCCACUAAUGGGGACAGCCUUAUUCUGGACAAUCCGGUGCUCUCUUCUUCCUCUCCGUCAGUCAGCUCCCUUGUGCAGACAGAAGUUAUGGGGGAGGAUGGUGUGGUCUGGGAGCAGACAGGACACAGGGAAGUUCACUCGGACAGCACUGAGAGACAUGUGGCGCAGACUCUCAUGUAAAACAAAGAGAGCACACAAAACAGAAGAUAGAGGCAGAUUGCCAUCAGUGACCUAAUAUACUGUAUUGCAAUGUUUGAGCUAAAUGUAGGAGCACCAGUAUAUUAUGUACUGUCCACUCAUAGUCAUAUUUGGUAGCUUUUUAGAAUAUCUGUAUCAGGGAAAGAUAUGUGUCUGUAUGUGUAAGUUGUUGCCUUUGUACAUACGUCCUGUAAACUUAAUUAGCCUUUUAUGUGAGUGUGUGUAAUGAUGCUGAGGUUAUGUUGCAAAGCUGUUGCUAUUAUGCAAUAAUAUAGCAUACCUCUUAGUAAUAUAUAGCACACACACCUAGUGUGUGGCGUCAAGGUUCCUAUUGGAAUCAACACAAAACAUGUAAUAGAAAGCUAUAAACAGACCCCAAUGUGUGGGGUGAGUACAUUCUCUUAUAAUAAAUAGGCAGCUAUUUUUUUCAGUUAGUGUCCAGAUCUACUGUAAAGCCUUUAUUUGGCGAGGUUAUAAGAAAAUAUAAUAAACGAUCUAAACUGUCAAACAAACAUUUCAAAACCUAAAAAGGAAUGGACAAAAAAUGUUUUACAGUCUUAUAAAGGUAUUCAUAGUUUAACUAUUUUGGCAGUGUCCUUUAACGUGUUUCACUGACAGCUUUUAGCUGUGCAGCUGUUGGUAGACAUUGAAGGAAUAAUAACCUAAAUAAUGUAUGUACUACUCACAAAAGUCCUUGGUCAUUAUAGGCAGCCAAACUGUGACCUUGGAUACUGUAAAUCACACAUGAACCCUUAAUAGCAAGCACAGUCACUGAAUCCCUAAGACUAUUAAACUCAAAAUGUGUCAUAA